AAUGCCAAAACGUCAAUGCAUUCAACAAAACAAAUAAUGGAAAAGGCAUUAGAGGAAGAAAGAAAGUCUAAAGAAUAUCUGAAGGUCCGAUUAGAAGAGGUCGAGAAAGAAGUGCAAAGUAAAAAGUCAGAAAUAUUGGACACCAAACAAGAAAUGGAGAAAGCUUUAGAGAGUGUUAAAGAAGAGUCAGAGAAAUCAAGAGUUGCUCUGGAAAAUGAGAUAGAAAGAUUAAUGGCAAAGAAAAACAAAUUCAUGUGUUUUUAA